GUGAGAACUUAAGUAAAUAAAGGUGAAACUUUUUGGCCCGAAGGCUGUUCCCCGUGUGCUUGCCUGAGGCGAGACGUUAAUACUGAAUAUAAGUAACUAUGACAUGGCGGCCAGACUAUGACGAUGAAGGAGGAGGGAGAGCCAUGAGGCUCUGGCAUUCCAUGAGCUCCUGGGCCUCCUCGACUCACCUGCUCGCUAAGGUAGGUGGGAACCUCAGUGUCAUCAUCGUUACCACCUUCCUACUGCUGGCUUCCUGUAUGCCUGUCACCUGCAGGCAUCUCACACUCGCGGCACCCCCCACCUUGCAGGAAGCAAGCCCGCCCACCGCCCACGCCAGCAAGUACUCCCACACACUGGAUCUUCCUGGAUCAAGAACCUCCUUCCCGGCACAAAAAACACUUGCAGCUGCUGUGCCUAAUACUUCUAAUGACAAAUCGGCAGGUGCUGAGUCGACAUCAAACUCCUCCAGCACUACACCAGAAUCAACAGAAUCCACGUUCCUCCACUCUUCCACCACGCCAGCUGGUACUGAAUCGACCUUCAACUCUUCCUCCUCCACAUCAAUAGCAACUGAAUCGACCUUCCUCUCCUCCACCACUUCAGCACCCACUGAAUCGACCUUCCACCCAUCUUCUACCUCUUCAGCAGCCACCGAAUCGACCUUCAACCCCUCCUCCACAUCAGAAACUGAAUCGACCGCCCUUUCGUCCUCCACCUCAGCAGCAAAUGAGUCCACCUCACGCCUGUUCUCCACCUCAACAGCAACUAAGUCGACCUUCCUCUCCGUUUCCACCACGCCAGAGGGUACUGAAUCGAUAUUCAACUCCUCUUCCACAUCAGAAGGAAAUGAAUCGACAUUCCUCGCUUCCUCCACCACGUCAGGACCAACUGAGUCGACCUUCCUUACCUCCUUCACAACAACAGGAAGUGAGUCGACUUUCCUCGCCUCUUCCACCACGCCAGCACCCGCUGAAUCGACCUUCCACACCUCAUCCUCUACAUCCCCAACUGAGUCGACUUUCCUGCUCUCCUCCACCUCAACAGCAACUGAGUCGACCGUCCUCCCUUCCUCCACCACCUCAGCAGCUGCAGAGUCAACGUCUCUCUCCUCCUUUACUACAUCAGCAGCAACAGAAUCUUCCUUCUUUCCCUCUUCCACCACGUCAGCACUCACUGAAUCGACCUUCAAUCCCUCAUCCUCCACAACAGCAACUGAGUCGACCUUUUUCCAAUCCUCCACCUCCUCAGCAGCAGGUGAAUCGACAUCACACCACUCCUUCACUACUUCAGCUGCAACUGAGUCCACUUUCCUCCCCUCUUCCACUACAUCACAACCCAUUGAAUCGACCUUCCACUCUUCCUCUACCACUUCAGCAGUCACUGAAUCGACCUUCCACCCCUCUUCCACAUCAGAAGGAACUGUGUCGACCCUGCUGCCCUCUUUCACUACGUCACCAGUGACUGAAUCGACCUUCCACACCUCCUCCUCCACAUCAGCAGCUGAGUCAACCUCACAUCACUCUUUCACUACCUCAGGAGCAACUGAGUCCACUUUCCUCCCAUCUUCAACUACAUCAGCACCCACUGAAUCGAGCUUCCACCCCUCCUCCUCCACUUCAGCAACUGAGUCGACCUUAUUCCAGUCUUCCACUUCCUCAGCAGGUGCUAAUUCGACAUCAUUCCCCUCCUUCACUACAUCAGAAUCAACAGAAUCCACGUUCCUUCCCUUUUCCACCACGCCAGCUGGUACUGAAUCGACCUUCAACCCUUCCUCCUCCACAACAAUAGCAACUGAAUCGACCUUUCUCUCUUCCACCACUUCUUCACCCACUGAAUCGACCUUCCACCCGUCUUCUACCUCUUCAGUAGCCACCGAAUCGACCUUCAAGCCCUCCUCCACAUCAGAAACUGAAUCGACCGCCCUCUCGUCCUCCACCUCAGCAGCAAAUGAGUCCACCACACGCCUGUUCUCCACCUCAACAGUAACUGAAUCGACCUUCCUCUCCGUUUCCACCACGCCAGAGGGCACUGAAUCGACAUUCAACUCCUCUUCCACAUCAGAAGGAAAUGAAUCGACAUUCUUCGCUUCCUCCACCACGUCAGGACCAACUGAGUCCACCUUCCUUACCUCCUUCACAACAACAGGAAGUGAAUCGACUUUCCUAGCCUCUUCCACCACGUCAGCACCCGCUGAAUCGACAUUCCACCCUCAUCCUCCACAUCACCAACUGAGUCGACUUUCCUGCCCUCCUCCACCUCAACAGCAACUGAGUCGACCGUCCUCCCUUCCUCCACCACCUCAGCAGCUGCAGAGUCAACGUCUCUCUCCUCCUUUACUACAUCAGCAGCAACAGAAUCUUCCUUCUUUCCCUCUUCCACCACGUCAGCACUCACUGAAUCGACCUUCAAUCCCUCAUCCUCCACAACAGCAACUGAGUCGACCUUUUUCCAAUCCUCCACCUCCUCAGCAGCAGGUGAGUCGACAUCACACCACUCCUUCACUACUUCAGCUGCAACUGAGUCCACUUUCCUCCCCUCUUCCACUACAUCACAACCCAUUGAAUCGACCUUCCACUCUUCCUCUACCACUUCAGAAGUCACUGAAUCGACCUUCCACCCCUCUUCCACAUCAGAAGGAACUGUGUCGACCUUGCUGCCCUCUUUCACUACAUCACCAGUGACCGAAUCGACCUUCCACACCUCUUCCUCCACAUCAGCAGCUGAGUCGACCUCACAUCACUCCUUCACUACCUCAGGAGCAACUGAGUCCACUUUCCUCCCAUCUUCAACUACAUCAGCACACACUGAAUCGAGCUUCCACCCCUCCUCCUCCACUUCAGCAACUGAUUCGACCUUAUUCCAGUCUUCCACUUCCUCAGCAGGUGCUAAUUCGACAUCAUUCCCCUCCUUCACUACAUCAGAAUCAACAGAAUCCACGUUCCUUCCCUCUUCCACCACGCCAGCUGGUACUGAAUCGACCUUCAACCCUUCCUC